AUGUCAGGAGGCACAGCCAAGUACAGCGUUUUAACCUUCCUACCUCGAUUCCUCUAUGAGCAGAUCAGGAGAGCUGCCAACGCUUUCUUUCUCUUCAUUGCCUUAUUACAGCAAAUCCCUGAUGUGUCUCCAACAGGAAGAUACACCACUCUGGUGCCCUUAAUUUUCAUCUUGACUGUAGCUGGCAUCAAAGAAAUCAUAGAGGACUAUAAAAGACACAAAGCGGACAAUACUGUUAAUAACAAAAGAACAAUUGUUUUACGAGGCGGCACAUGGCAAAGCGUGAUAUGGAGAGAGGUGGCAGUGGGAGACAUUACGAAGGUGACCAACGGGCAGCAUCUUCCAGCCGAUAUGAUCAUUUUAUCUUCAAGUGAGCCUCAAGCCAUGUGCUACAUUGAGACAUCCAAUCUUGAUGGUGAAACAAACUUAAAAAUACGGCAGGGUUUACCGGCAACCUCAAAUCUACAGUCCGUGGAUGAUUUGGUUAAACUGACUGGAAGAAUCGAGUGUGAAGGACCUAAUCGCCAUUUGUAUGACUUUACUGGAAACCUAUGGCUGGACGGCAACAGCCCGGUUGCUGUUGGUCCUGAUCAGAUCUUAUUAAGAGGAGCCCAGAUCAGGAACACUCAGUGGGUCCUGGGGAUUGCUGUGUACACAGGACAUGACACCAAACUUAUGCAGAAUUCUACAAAGGCCCCACUGAAGAGGUCUAAUGUAGAGAAAGUCACCAACGUCCAGAUCUUAGUCCUGUUCUGCAUCCUCCUGGUCAUGGCUCUUGUCAGCUCUGUUGGGGCCUUGCUAUGGAACAGGAAAUAUGAGGAGACUAACUGGUAUCUGGGCACUAAUGAGGCCAUAUCCAACAAUUUUGGGUACAAUCUACUCACAUUCAUCAUUUUGUACAACAACCUUAUCCCUAUUAGUCUCCUGGUGACUCUGGAAGUGGUGAAGUUUACUCAGGCUCUUUUCAUCAACUGGGAUAGAGAUAUGUAUUAUGCAGAGACAGACACCCCCGCAAUGGCCAGAACAUCCAACCUGAAUGAAGAGCUGGGACAGGUUAAGUACUUGUUCUCUGACAAAACCGGAACAUUAACUUGCAAUGUAAUGCACUUUAAGAAAUGCAGCAUUGGUGGUAACACCUAUGGACACUUUCCAGAAUUUGAGAGAGAGCGCUCCUCUGAAGAUUUCAGCCAGCUGCCAACAACAAGCGAAUCUUGUGACUUUGAUGACCCAAAGCUAUUCCAAAACAUCGAAGGGGAAAGUCCUACAGCCCUGGUGAUCAAGGAAUUCCUUACAUUGUUGGCUGUGUGUCACACCGUGGUCCCAGAAAAAGAAGAUGAUAAAAUAAUCUAUCAGGCCUCCUCCCCAGAUGAAAGUGCUUUAGUAAAAGGAGCCAGGAAACUGGGCUACACAUUCACCGGCCGAACACCAGACUCCGUCAUCAUUGAUGCAAUGGGGACAGAGCAGAGCUUUGAACUUCUCAAUGUACUGGAAUUCUCAAGCAACCGAAAACGAAUGUCUGUGAUUGUCCGGACGCCAUCAGGACAUCUUAGGCUCUACUGUAAAGGAGCAGAUAAUGUUAUAUUUGAGAGGUUAUCAAGAGAAUCCCAGUACAUGGAGCAGACGUUAAACCAUCUCGAACAAUUUGCUUCUGAAGGCUUGAGAACCUUGUGCAUUGCAUAUGCGGACCUUGAAGAAUCUGAGUACAAUGAAUGGCUAAAAGUCCAUAAUGAAGCCAGUGUGGUUCUGAAGGACAGGGCUCAGAAACUUGAGGAGUGUUAUGAGCUUGUUGAAAAGAAUUUGAUGCUUCUUGGGGCCACAGCGAUUGAGGAUCAGCUACAAGGAGGAGUCCCAGAAACCAUAGCCACAUUGAUGAAAGCAGAAAUAAAAAUAUGGGUUUUAACUGGGGACAAACAAGAAACCGCCAUCAACAUAGGAUACUCAUGCAGGCUGGUGUCACAGACCAUGUCGCUCAUUCUGGUGAAUGAAGACUCUCUAGAUGCAACAAGAGAAACUCUAACGAAUCACUGCAAUAACCUUGGAGAAUCCCUUGGAAAAGAGAAUGACAUUGCCUUAAUCAUCGAUGGGCAGACCCUGAAGUACGCUCUGUCAUUUGAAGUCCGUCAGUGCUUCUUAGACCUGGCGCUCUCUUGUAAGGCCGUCAUCUGCUGCAGAUACUUUGAGAAUGUUGCUUUUUCUGAAAACUAA